CUUCAGUACAUCUCGCCUAUAAUCAGCUUCGAUCGUUCAGGGAGCAAAAAAAAACCUGGUGUGUGACACUUCCACACACACCUUCCUUGUUGAGGAGCAUACAGCAGGGAGCACACCUGAACCCAAGACUUCAAGAUGAAAACUUCUUGGAUGUUCUAUGGAAUUGGGAUCAUUUUUUGCAGCGUCCUUCUGGUGACUGCUUACUGGCAGGAGGAAGAUGAAGAUGAAGAGAAAGUUCUGGUGGACAACAAGUGCCAGUGUGUAAAGGUGACAUCCAAAUUUGUCCCAGAUAAAGAGAACCCUGAAGAAAAAGUCCUGGAGAGGAACAUCCGUAUCAUGAUCCCCCUCAACGCCAGGGAGAACAUUUCUGAUCCCACGUCGCCCGUGAGAACGAAAUUUGUCUACAAGAUCUCCAAGCUCUGUGACAAAUGCUAUGACACCCCGAGGACUGAAAAUGGAGUGACGUUCGGCUCAAGCACAUUAUGCGGUCAUCCUCAAGAACCAUGUUACACCUACGACAGGAAUAAGUGCUACACGGCUUCUGCCUUGUUCACACACAAGGGGAAAACGUCGACCAUUCAGACAGCCCUAACCCCUGAAUCCUGCUAUCCGGAUUAGAUCACACAACUGUCGCGUUUUGUUGAGCAUUGUGAGCAUGUCUACACCAUAGAUAACGUCCGUUGGCCCUUAUUAUGUCAGUUAUUCCACAACUCAUUUCGGGGUGUGUGUGUGGUGGAGGCAGUUCAGGGGUGAAAUGCUCCCGGUUCGGACCGGAUCGCCAGUUCUGGUAGCGAUGGCGGUGGGUGGUUCGGAGAACCAGUAGCAAAAAUCCCUUCACACACACCCCCCGCCCAUGCCUAGCU